AUGGAGCCAUCAGGGAAGGAACCAUAUCUACAUAAAGGAUGUUAUUUUCUACCAGUGGUGUCCUCACCUGAAAAAAUAGAUUCACUGGAAAGUUUUGAAAUCCGAGAUGAUGAUACAUUUAUAAUCACAUAUCCUAAAUCAGGCACAGUGUGGACUCAGAACAUUGUGAGCUUGAUUCUUUAUGAAGGUCAUCGAGAUGGAACUGAAAAUAUUACCCUGAUUGACAGGGCACCAUGGCUAGAGUAUAAUGUUUACUAUGUAGAUUUACCUAGUCGCCCAUCACCUCGUGUCAUUUGUUCCCAUCUGCCCCACUAUUUGGCACCCAAAGGAUUACAAAAUAAAAGAGCAAAGAUUAUUUAUGUGUUUAGAAAUCCAAAGGAUGUCUUGAUUUCUAGCUAUCAUUUUCACAAAAUUCUAACCAUGAUGGAAACAACAGAAGACUUUGAUGUUCACUUGGAGAUGUUUUUGGCUGGCAAAAUGCCCAGUAGUUUAUGGCUAGACCAUGUAGAAGGCUGGUACACUCAUAAGGGUGAUUUCAAUAUUCUCUUCCUUUCUUAUGAAGAAAUGAAAAAGGAUCUGAGAAGUUCUGUACUGAAAAUAUGCCACUUCCUAGGAAGAGAACUAACUGAAAAGGAGGUGGAUGAUGUGGUGGAUAAAGCUACAUUUGAUAGCAUGAAAGCGGAUUCUAAAACUAACUAUGCAUCUGUGAAUCCUACCUUAGCAGAUUCUAGCAAAGGGGUCUUUCUUCGUAAAGGCAUUGUUGGGGACUGGAAGAACCACAUGACUGUUGCCCAGAGUGAAAGAUUUGACCGUGUCUUUAAGGAGAGGAUGGAAAAGCUGCCCUUCAGGUUCUGCUGGGAUAUGCAGGAGGAUCCUGAGCCUAUUUCCAGCUCAGGGGAGGAAAAUAAUGUGUGAAACGUGCCUUCAAAUGGUUUGAAUCAGACCCCAAGAAGGGUCUUUAUGUAACCUUGAAAUGUUUAAUUCUCAACUUUGCAGAGAUCAUAGAACAAAGCAACCUUAAAUUCUAAGCUAUUAUUAAAUAUAAUAGAAACUGCAGAAAACAGUUAACAGUACAUCUCUCUGAAAUUCUUACUAUCUUUUGUAUUUUGAUUCCACAAAGGAGGCCAGAUGCACUAAAGUUUUGACAUUGUCCAGCUAGUUCCUAUAUACACUUUUUUAAAUAUACAAUUUGCCAAGUCCCAGCAUGAGAUUUCCUCAUAUGGCUAAGGCCCUUUCUCUAUUGCCUUUAGUUAGUAGUGGAACUAUAUUGGUAUAAAAUUUGCUGUCCUUAUUGCUGAUGCCUGUCUGUAUCUAUUACUUCCCAUUUGGCUUGAUUCUGAGUAUUUCGAUCUUAAUGUAUUUGUUAAUGUAAUUAAUUAAUGUAAUCUUAAUGUAAUUGGUUAGUCUCAACAGCAAUAUCAAAUAAAAAAUAAAAUAAAGGUAAAAGUGUGUGAUUUAAUUACA